AGAAAUGCGAGAGUCAGGAAACUAAACUUCCUCUUUAAAGUCUGAAGAUCUGCUGGUCCGAGAGAAAACGGGCGCACUUUCCUCCUCGGACAGAAUAAGAAGAAUUGUCAUUCUGAAACAAGGAUGAAGGUUUCAUCUGCCGUGCUGCUUUUAGCCCUUCUGGCUCUCUGUCGUUCUUCACCUCUCUCAAACAAAGCCUGGGAAGACUGGACUUUUAAACACCACAAAAUUUACAAUAAUGAGACGGAGAUCGUCUUCAGGCGAGCGGUUUGGGAGAGGAACGUGCGUUUUGUGUUGAAACACAACCUGGAGGCCUCAGCAGGAAAACACAGCUUCACACUGGGACUCAACCACCUGGCAGACAUGACAGUCGAGGAGAUUAAUGAGGAGCUCAACGGGUUGAAGCAGGAGGAGCCUCUUCCCUUCAUAAAUGGCACGCUUUGGAAAGAGAGUGGUUUGAAGAUACCGCAGAGUCUGGACUGGAGGAAGAAGGGCCUGGUCAGUCCAGUCAGGAACCAAGGGCAGUGUGGGUCGUGCUGGGCCUUCAGCUCUCUGGGAGCUCUGGAGGGUCAGAUGAAGAAGAGGACAGGCGUCCUGGUGCCUCUGAGUCCACAGAACCUGGUGGACUGCAGCACCAGCGAGGGGAACCUGGGCUGCAGAGGAGGCUACAUCUCCAAAUCCUACACCUACAUCAUCCGCAACAGAGGCGUGGACUCGGAGGAGUUCUACCCCUACGAACACAAGAAUGGGAAAUGCCGCUAUUCCGUCAAGGGGAAAGCUGCAUACUGCUCUAAUUUCCACGUCCUUCCUCGAGGAGACGAGGACGAGCUGCAGGCUGUGGUGGCGUCGGUGGGACCGGUUGCCGUGGCUGUCAAUGCCAGGCUGUCGUCUUUCCAUUUUUACAGAGGAGGUUUAUACAACGUCCCCAGCUGCAACCCGAAGUUAAUAAAUCACGCCGUUCUGGUGGUGGGUUAUGGCACGGAUGCGGGACAAGACUACUGGCUGGUGAAAAACAGCUGGGGGACGGCGUGGGGAGAGCAGGGCUACAUCCGGAUCGCAAGGAACAAGAAGAACAUGUGUGGCAUUGCCAGCUUUGCAGUUUACCCAACCCUGUGUGCAGAGAGAGCCAGGAUAAAUAGAUGUGAUGGGAGGCGCUCUCACGGUCAGGUCAGGGUUCUGAGGUCGGCAGUGUUUCUUGGUCCCGGUCAUCGAGGAGCUGAAAUGUCUCGGAGCCUGCUUCUCACGCUCAUGUGUGGACUAGCAGUGGCCGUCAGCAGUUCAGGAAGGGAUCGACACUGGGAGCUGUGGAAGAAAAUGCACAACAAAGCGUAUUCUCAUCAGAUUGAGGAGUCGGGCCGCAGACGGAUAUGGGAGGAGAAUUUGGAAAUGAUUAAUGUCCACAACCUGGAGAUGUCCCUGGGUUUACACUCUUUUGACUUGGCCAUGAACCACCUGGGAGACCUGACCUACGAGGAGAUCACCAGCACUCUGACCAACACCAGAAUACCAGCUGACCUCGACAUGGAUUCAAGCUUCGUCGUGGAAAACAUCUCUUUGCCAGAAUCGCUGGACUGGAGGGAAAAAGGCUUCGUGACUCCGGUCAAGAUGCAGGGUUCUUGUGGCGCCUGUUGGGCCUUCAGUGCCGUCGGCGCUCUGGAGGGACAGCUGAAGAAGGUCAAAGGGUACCUGAUGUCCCUCAGCCCCCAGAAUCUCGUGGACUGCUCCUCCAAGUUUGGCAAUGACGGGUGCAAGGGUGGCUUCAUGUCGAGUGCGUUUAAAUACGUCAUGAAAAACGAAGGCAUCGACUCGGACGCGGCUUACCCCUACGAUGGGAAGCGUGGUCACUGCAAGUACAGCCCGGAGUACCGGGCCGCCAACUGCUCAGGGUAUUACCUCUUACCAAAGGGGGACGAGGACGCUCUGAAAAUGGCUCUGGCUUCCGUUGGACCCAUCUCUGUCGCGAUUGACGCUUCUAGCCAUAAAUUUCUCUUCUACCGUAACGGUGUGUACCGGGACCGCACCUGCACCCACAAUGUCAACCACGGCGUGCUGGCUGUGGGCUACGGCACUGAGGGAGGACAGGACUACUGGAUCAUCAAAAACAGCUGGGGUGUGAAGUACGGAGACAAAGGAUACAUCAAAAUGGCCCGGAACAAACGCAACCAGUGUGGCAUCGGCCUUUACUCUUGUUUUCCCAUCAUGUGA